AUGAACGAGACAGUCGACGGUCUAGACGUCUCCCUCCAGGACUUCGAGCCGCCGCCGAGUCCAGAGUCCCUCCGUCAUCGCUCGGUGACACCCAGCGAUCCGGGAAUGACAGAGGCAGGGUUAAACGAGGAGGAGGAGGAGCUGGGGCUGGAGCGGGAGCCGGAAUUGCGUCCGGAUCCGUUUCUGGAUCCGGAUCCGGACGGCGACGACCAUCUUCUCCGGGACUCGGAGACCGGUUCCGCAGGUGGAUAUUCACCCCCGGCGUGGCGGAGGCUCGCCAACGGAGGUCGCAGCAGCGGCUUCUGGACAAGCAAUCCUCCCGCUGAAGGCGUGCCGCCCCUGUCGCCGUACAGUCAUCUCGUCGACCGCCUCCCCACGUCCGUCUCGCGCGAGACCUCGCCAUUCUCCGUCGACGGUGACCAAGACCCGGACGAGGCCGCCGGGUACGCAUAUGACGACGGCAUCUUGCAGAGGGCCAUGCGUACCAGGUUGCCCAAGGGCAGUCAGAGCCCCGAAAGGACGCGCCAGUCCACCCCCGACAUCAAGAGGGAGGUGGACGUCAAGAUCGAGGAGGAUGCAGUGAUGCCGGCGGAAAAGAGAGGUCCAAGUGCCACUCCGGAACCUCUGACGGAUAACUAUAUCCGCUUCGCCAUCCGCGCCGAAGUCCAGCAGCGUACGGAACCGAUCGAGGCGGCCAUCUCGUUCGUCCGCAUGAAGUACACCGCCAUGACGGCCACGUGGUCGUCUAUCAUCUGCUCCAUCCUGGCCGCCCUGGUGGGCGUGUCGCUGAUGAAGGCGCUGAUGCAGCCCGCCGCGACGAGGCCUGCGGGGGACCUGGUCAAGGUGGCCGGCGUGGCCCGGUCGUUCGAGCCGCUAAUAUACUACUCGGAGCAUGCCAUCAUCCAGGUCCACGACCUGCAGGCUACGAGCAUCGCCGUCUGGGAUCUAAGCGAGAGCGUGAGGGCAAGCGACAUGAAGGACGCCACCAGCAUCAUCAACGAUCUCGACGGUCUGAGCGAGACUAUGAAGACGCUUGCCGAGGAGAUGACUCGAUUCUUAUCUCGUGUGGACGGCGAUAUGGACGCCGUCCUCAACGUCAUGGACUGGGCCAGGUUGCACCUCGAGCGGUUCCAGAGCACCAAGAAUCCUUCCACCCUAUCGUCUGCCUACGACAACAUGCACAACCUCCUCUCCCGGACGCACAUACUGGAGGAGCCGUCGGGCGCCCCGACGGCCCUGGGGUCCCUGGCAGGCUUCGUCUUCGGGUUGUCGACGCCGCAGCGGGAGCAGCGCGUCGUGCAGACCAUCUUCCACGAGUUCCUAUCGGUGCUGGAGGACUCGAUCCAGUCGGAGCUGCACCACUCGCUCGCCCUCUUCGCCCUCUUCGAGACGGUGGACCGCCACCUGUUCAACCUGGUGCGCACCGUGGCGCGCGAGUCCUCGGCCCAGGAGGAGCUGCACGCCGACCUCCUGUCGGGCCUGUGGGCCCGGAUCCUUGGCCCCAGGUCCGCCGACGUCCGCAAGUUCGAGCGGAACCGCCUCCUGCUGCGCGACGUCCGCGACAAGACGGUCCGCAACAGGGGCAUCCUCGAGGACCACAACACGAAGCUCCUCGGCCUCAAGGCCUCGCUCGAGGGCCUCCGCGCAAAGCUCGUCUCCCCGCUCGUCAGGGGCGCCAACGCCACCACCCUCUCCCUCGAGGACCAGAUUCGCGGCAUAUCGGACGUGAGCUCCCACCUCGGUGACAUCCGACGCCUCCAGAAGUCACGCGUCAUGGAGUCCAUGUUCGCCACCGUCCCCGGUGAUCGCAGGCUGCUCAUCGAGCAGGACGUCUGGAAAGAUAAUCCUGACAAGCCAAACUGA